UUUAGUUUACUACUUACUGCCGCAACCUUGCAACCGUACAACUCGUCAUAGGAGAACAAAGAAGAAGAAGCAGAUUGUGGAAGUAGACGUGAAUAAGAAGUGGACGAAAUUAUUUCAUAGAGCCCAGCCCCAGUUAAAAAUUUCUGAUUUUAACAAAAAAAUAUUGCCAAUUUAGACGACAGCUGCGCAAAAACGCAAAGAAACAAGCUACACAAACAUGCAGACUAUCAAGUGUGUUGUUGUCGGCGAUGGUGCCGUGGGUAAAACUUGCUUACUCAUCUCUUACACGACCAAUAAAUUUCCUUCGGAGUAUGUGCCCACCGUAUUCGAUAAUUAUGCGGUGACAGUUAUGAUCGGCGGCGAGCCAUACACUCUGGGCCUAUUCGAUACGGCCGGACAGGAGGAUUACGAUCGCCUGCGUCCACUGUCUUAUCCACAAACAGACGUUUUUCUCGUCUGCUUCUCAGUAGUCAGUCCCAGUUCAUUUGAGAAUGUAAAGGAGAAGUGGGUACCGGAAAUCACGCACCAUUGUCAAAAAACACCCUUCCUAUUGGUUGGCACACAAAUCGAUUUGCGUGACGAGAGCAGCACUUUAGAGAAAUUGGCAAAGAACAAACAAAAGCCCAUUACCAUGGAACAAGGCGAGAAGCUGGCCAAGGAAUUGAAAGCAGUCAAAUAUGUGGAAUGCUCCGCUUUAACACAGAAAGGUUUGAAGAACGUUUUUGAUGAGGCCAUCUUAGCAGCGUUGGAGCCACCAGAACCAUCCAAGAAAAGGAAGUGCAAAUUCUUAUAAUUUUAUGUAUUUAUUUAUAAACGACAUUUCAAACAAAUAGCAAAAGCAAGAGAACUAACAAUAACAACAAAAUAAGCUUGCAAACGCGUAUGAAUUCAUUCUAUGCACAUGAAAAAAUAAAAAAAUAUAUAAGUUUUGUAAACGAUUUGUCGAGAAGAGUCAACAGCACUCAUUGUAGUGUGGAAACCGUAAAUUCGAGUGGCGGGAUUGGCGUGUGGGA